GCGAAAAUAGCCAAACGUCGCUUUGUUCCCUCUUGCAACAUGAGUCAUUACCAACAUAACAUCAAUGGUCCUCAGUUCCCAGCUGGAACACAUGUGGCUCAUUACAGUCUAGCAAACACAACUCUGAUUGGCCAGGAAGUACAGCGGCGACUCUGGGAAAAGUACUGGGGAGAGCAGUUUCCAGCCCAACCACCACCACACAUGUGGUUCCAGCCAGGAGUAUGUCACCAUAGUUACCCAUGUGGCAUUCCUCCCACCUUCCAUCCUGUGUAUGCCCAAGCCAACUCCAACCAAUCCAAGCAUCCAGUGUUGUUGCCAACAGCUAGACAAGAAUACAGAAGUGACACUCCUGACAAGACUUUGAGAGCUAAUUCUGACAAUGGUGUGGCAAGAGCAUGUGGGGAAAAUAAAAACUUGCCAACAAACACAAAGACAUCAUCUAAGCAAACACAAGUUUUAAACUCUGUAAGCCAUAAGGUUUUGGACCCAGUAACUGAUGAUCUUAACUGGAGUAUUUUCAGCUCAGAUCUGGCAGAUGGAAUUGCUGUCAGCAUAUUGGACAGUUUUAUCUCUGAGCUUCCUGUUCUUGAUAUCACCAUGGUACAGUCUGUAUUGCAGGACAUUGAAAAACAUUUACCUCAAGAUGAAGCUCAAAAACAGAACUGUUCAAUCAAAAAAUUAGAUUACUUUAGUGAAACUGAAAGUUUGCCUGGCAUACAUCAAUCUUCCAGUAAUGAAAUAAGCAGCAAAGAGGAAGGAGGAUCAAGUGAAAAAACAGGAAAUUCAAAUGCAUUAGAGAGGUGUAAAACUCUAUCUGAAACAGGCAGUUUUUCAAAUAUCUUCAGAGAGGAAAGUGCAGGUAGUUCAUCCUUAGGCUUUCACACAAUUGGAAAGACAUUCCAGGAAGAAGACAUUUGUUCUGAAGUGGUUGUUGUCAAUCCAGACACAUCACAUACAAAUGAAACAUCAGCCACUGACAGCAGUUCAACAGAUGGGAAUUUAAUGGAGCUGGUAGCUUAUGACAAUAACCUCAAGGAAGAACAGAGAAAUUCUUUUAGCAUAAUUCCCAGCAAAUCCUCAUCAUCCUGACUAUUAAUUUAAGACAACAUAAUCACUUGUAACUUUAGAACAGUUCCUGGGUUGAUUACUGUAAAAUAAUUCAGUUAUUACAAAAAGAAAUAACUACGUGCAAACAAUAUUUACAGACUA